UCGUUCAUCUUGUAGCAUGUACGAGACUGUUGAAACGAACGUAACCACCGUUGUAGCCUUUGUUUGAGCUUCACUUCACCUCAAUCAAUGGUCACAAGAAGAAAGCUCCUAAAUUUGUUAUCAACACUAACCCUAAACGCAUCUCAGCCACUUCUUCCGCAGCGCGCCGAUGCAUUUCAGCACUUUGCCAAAACCCUUAGGGUUUACGGAACCGAAGCAUCGAAGCUUCCGGAAUACGAGAUGCCGUCGGUGACGUGGGGCGUGAUCCAAGGCCGCAAGGAGAAGCUCGUUUCGCGUGUAAUCAUCUUCGAUUACCUCAAGGGUUUGGGAAUCAUCCCCGACGAGUUGCACGACCUCGAACUUCCCUCCACCGUCGAUGUCAUGCGCGAGCGCGUCGAGUUUCUCCAGAAAUUAGGUCUAACCGUCGACGACAUUAACAAUUACCCUCUAAUGUUAGGGUGUAGUGUCAGAAAAAACAUGAUUCCUGUUUUGGGGUACUUGGAAAAAAUUGGGAUCGCAAGGCCCAAGCUUGGGGAGUUUGUUAAGAAUUACCCGCAGGUGUUGCAUGCUAGUGUCAUUGUUGAGCUUGCUCCGGUUGUUAAGUUCCUCAGGGGGCUUGAUGUAGAGAAAGAUGAUAUUGGGUAUGUGUUGCAGAAAUACCCUGAACUUCUAGGGUUCAAGCUUGAGGGUACUAUGAGCACUUCAGUGGCUUAUCUUGUUAGUAUUGGUGUGAACCCUAGAGAUAUUGGUCCAAUGGUCACUCAGUAUCCUUAUUUAUUAGGGAUGAGAGUUGGGACUGUCAUAAAGCCGAUGAUUGAUUACUUGGUUAAUUUGGGGCUGCCAAAGAAGGUUUUGGCUAGGAUGUUGGAGAAGAGAGCUUAUAUUCUUGGCUAUGAUCUUGAGGAAACUGUGAAGCCAAAUGUGGAGUGUUUGAUUAGUUUUGGUGUGAGGAGGGAGUGUUUGGCUUCGGUUAUCGCCCAAUAUCCGCAGAUUCUCGGGCUGCCUCUUAAGGCUAAGUUGUCAUCACAGCAGUACUUUUUCAGUUUGAAACUUAAGGUUGAGCCUGAAGGGUUUGCGCGUGUGGUGGAGAAGAUGCCACAGGUGGUUAGCCUUCACCAACACGUGAUUAUGAAGCCGGUUGAGUUCCUCAUUGGAAGGACGAUACCAGCGCAGGACGUGGCAAGUAUGGUGAUCAAGUGUCCUCAGUUGAUGGCACUGAGAGUUGAGCUCAUGAAGAACAGCUGUUACUUCUUCAAGAGUGAGAUGGGGAGGCCCUUGAAAGAGCUUGUGGAAUUUCCAGAGUACUUUACUUAUAGUUUAGAGUCCAGGAUCAAACCUAGAUACCAGAGGCUGAAGAGUAAAGGGAUAAGGUGUUCGUUGAAUUGGAUGCUGAAUUGUAGCGAUCAGAGGUUUGAAGAGAGGUUGCAGGGUCACUACAUUGAAACUGAAAGUGUAGGUCCGAGGUUCUGUAUGGGAGGAAAACUAGAGCUACCGGGGAAUGACAUAGUGUCAGAUGAGGAAGAUGACAGUGAUGAUGAAGUGUUAUACAGACGAACUGUUUCUCUUUAGCUCAAUAAUUUUUUAUUUUUGCGACAGUUAGUGAAAGUGAAACCAUUGCAAAACUGCCAUCAAUUGGAGGAUUAAUUUUGUCUAUUUUGUCCCCAGUUGUACUAUUAUUGCAUUUGUAUUGCCAAUAGAUGACAUGUCAACUUUUCAAUAAAUUUGUUAUGUAUAAUAUCUUUGGAGACGGAGUAAAGUCU